CCCCGGGAACCCGGAAGUGCGGGGCAGCGGAGAGCCACGUGGGUGGAGCUGGGUCGCAGCUCGCAUGGGGGAGUCUAUCCCGCUGGCCGCCCCGGUCCCGGUGGAACAGGCGGUGCUGGAGACGUUCUUCUCUCACCUGGGCAUCUUCUCUUACGACAAGGCCAAGGACAAUGUGGACAAGGAGCGAGAGGCCAACAAGAGCGCGGGGGGCAGCUGGCUGUCGCUGCUGGCGGCCCUGGCCCACCUGGCCGCGGCCGAGAAGGUCUAUCACAGCCUCACCUACCUGGGGCAGAAACUAGGGGGCCAGUCCUUCUUCAGCAGGAAAGAUUCUAUCCGUACCAUCUAUACUUCCCUGCACAACGAGCUGAAGAAGGUGGUGACUGGCCGCGGUGCCCUUGGGGGGAACGCCCCCCACGUGGAAGAACUACUUUCCCACCUGUCGGAGCAGCUGUGCUUCUUCGUGCAAGCCCGGAUGGAGAUCGCAGACUUCUAUGAGAAGAUGUACACCCUCAGCCCACAGAAGUUCAUCAAUGCUGAGGAGCUCAUUGGCCUUUUGGACACCAUCCUCAAGAAAUACAGCUCCAGAUUUCACCACCCCAUCCUCAGUCCUUUGGAAGGCAGUUUCCAGCUGGAGGUGGAUGUCCUGAGCCAUCUCCUGAAGGCCCAGGCCCAGGUCUCCGAGUGGAAGUUCCUCCCAUCUCUGGUGAACUUGCACAGUGCUCACACCAAGCUGCAGACUUGGGGCCAGAUCUUUGAAAAGCAGCGGGAGACCAAGAAACAUCUAUUCGGAGGGCAGUCUCAGAAGGCCGUUCAGCCCCCACACCUUUUCCUCUGGCUGAUGAAACUCAAAAACAUGCUUCUUGCCAAGUUUAGCUUUUACUUUCACGAGGCGCUGAGCCGACAAACGACUGCUUCAGAAAUGAAAACGUUGACUGCCAAAGCCAACCCAGACUUUUUUGGGAAGAUUUCCAGCUUCAUCCGGAAGUAUGAUGCUGCCAAUGUGUCCUUAAUCUUUGACAACCGAGGUUCCGAGAGCUUUCAGGGUCAUGGCUAUCACCACCCCCAUUCCUACAGAGAGGCCCCUAAGGGUGUGGACCAGUAUCCAGCCGUGGUGUCCCUGCCCAGUGACAGGCCCGUCAUGCACUGGCCCAAUGUCAUCAUGAUCAUGACAGACCGCAUGUCUGAACUGAACAGCUUGGAGAAGGUGGUCCACUUCUAUGAUGACAAAGUUCAGAGCACCUACUUCCUAACCCGCCCAGAACCUCACUUUACCAUUGUCGUUAUUUUUGAAUCAAAGAAAUCUGAAAGAGACUCCCACUUUAUUUCCUUCCUCAAUGAGCUCUCACUUGCCCUUAAGAACCCCAAAGUUUUUGCAAGUCUGAAGCCUGGCUCCAAAGGCUAGCAGGUGAUUUGUGUGAAAGGUUUUCAAGACUGGAAAGUGUGUUCCUAAUUGCUCAAAUGAUCUGUGGUCUGUGAUUAGAGUUUCCAUCCAUUCAUGCUUCUUUCAGAGCUAAAUUAAAGACAAAUCUUCCCUAAUUGUGUCGCACACUUUAUAAGCAAUUAAGGCCAAUUGAAUCAAGUAUCCAAAGAGUAAUCUAGGAAGUGAUCAUGGCUACUGUGUAUCUCCAUGGUACAGCAGAGUUUUUUCAGUAUUUUCUCCCAUUUUCCUUUAUUUCCUAUAGACAGAAUAUUGAUUGGCCUUUGGUUUGUCUUUCCACAUGUUUUAUAUUGUUCUAAACUUUGUUUUAAUGCAGUUCCACACGCCUUCUCCUCUCCCUUUCCAGGACCAGUAAUUGAGAUGAGAUUAAAUGGCCUUUUCAGAAUCAAGGACUGUAUGUUUUCUAUCUCAUAAAUUAGCAAAUUAACAUGAAAGGAGUUUUAUGAUUCUCAUCAACAAAUUAGUAUUUUGGAUGCCAAAAUCAGCCUUGGUGAGAAAUUUCUGUCAGUUAUUAAAAUCAAGGGUGAAUCAGAGUGGUCAUGUAACAUCAGUUUUAACAGUUUAGAAAACUGUGAACACUUUAGUAGUCAUGGGUUCUUCUGGGGUUUUCUACACACCUAACUACGUUUGUUUUUACCCUUAAGAAGGUGAAUUUUUCACUCUGUUUGAAAAUUAGUAUAAGCUAUUAUGUGGGGUUUCUUCACUCCUCGGCAUAUUAUCUACUUGGCUUUCUGUUUAUCACCUUUCUGCUGAAAUGUAUGUUCAUGUUUGGCUCCACUCCCUGCUUAUUCUUAGGCCAAAAAAGCAUGUAGCCUUCGUUUUUCAGCCACUCUUCGACAUUUAUGUGACUUAGCCUGCUUUUAUAACCUCAAAAGGUUGGUCUCGAUACCUUGUACUUGGUAAAGUCAAUUGUGCAUUCAGAAGACCUCUUCGUAGCUGAGUAAUCAAAUCAGUACUUAAUUUAAGCGCAUCUGAAUUUGGGUUUCAUGCCUGUCUCCUCCAAAUUACUUUUAGAAGCAGUGAUAUAUCUUAACACCUGCUGCCUUAACACCCUCCUUCAGUAGUGCUCACGGGGAAGUAGAUGGACCCGUGAAGGCCUAAUGGGCUAUGGAGAACGUCACUCCUUGGUUAUUGACUCAGAAUGAAAAUGAGCCACAAAGAGUCAUUGAGUUUUGUUACUAUUUGAUAGUUCCUUCAAUGCUUGUAUCUGAUGUAAAGAUCAGAUCGGUCCAGUUUGGUCCAGUUUCUCAUGAUUGCAUGGAGCCAUGGUUUUCCUGGGCCACAGCCAGCAAGCUGGCAGUGGGCAGAGCCGUUCCCAGUCUGUGCCAGGAGGCCUGCCUGCCUCAGGCGGGACCAGCUGCUGGAAAGGACCUACUGGUCUUUUUUCUAUUUCUUUCUUUCUUCCCCUCCCCCCUUUUAAAAAAAUAAAAGUCCUGUAACUAAAAAGCCAGUUUGCUUAAAAUAGGUAGUGAUUUACUUCUACAUUUUAUUCACUCAGGUUCUAUACAAAUCUGAACAUUGAACUUACAUAAAAAAUUGAAAACAACUGGAACUAAAAAGUCCACAAUCAUUUUUCUUCCCUUUUGUGUUUUACCAAGAAGCCGAAAAAAUAUCCCUUGGUGUUUAUGUAUUUUUCCUAGAUAAAAACCACCAUUAGCCUUAAUGUUUGGUCUACCAUGUACCAAAAAGAAAUUUGCUUCAGUGGAACAGGGAGAAGAGUGUAAAUAAAACUUACAUAUAAUAUUUACGUAAUCAAUCCUUGUCUAGAAUAUAUUUAAAAAGGUAUAUUUAUUUUUAAGCAUAUUUUGGUUCAAGCCAAGAAACAAAGUGAUUCUACUCUGAGAUUUGUCCUCUAAAGUAAUUGAUGAAAUGGAUCUGUAAAGUCUGUGUCUUGCUAACUGGAAGAUUAAAUCUGCAUAUUUUCUGCA